AAGAAAUAUCGAUUCUUUUUUUUUGGAACCAACUCCUGGCCUCGUUGGUGUCCACGAGUGAAACUGAGAAAUACACAUAAACUCCUGCAUUGAGUUAAGAUACAGAAAUGUAAUUCUUUGGAUGUAUUAUUAUAUAUUUUUUUUAUGGACUUAAAUUGAGGAAAUAAAGUGCACACAUUUGUUUUACGGUCGCCGAAGAUGUCAGGAGAGGUGCUAAGUACAAGCAAACUCAAUGUGUUGAUCACCAAACUCCACGAGUAUUUGUCUUAUUCAUCAGUGGAUGAUAACGAUGAUUCACUGGGGGCUCGAGGUCCUGAUGGUAUAAAAAAUAAGGGCAAUGGGCUGCCCCACUCAUCAGAUAAUACUGAGGUGGGUACUUCAGCAGAGACUCCUAAGGUUUCUGCAGCACUCGGUUCACGGAGGAAACCCUCAGUUGUCACCAAACAUUCUGGCCUGGAUGAAUCUGGUGACUCAAACGACACUAAUGAAGACUGGGAUUUGGACUUCAAUUCAAAUGGUCGUCUCGAUGUAACCAGAUUGCCAAAAGGCACUGUUGUGGUGAGGCCUGAACCAGUGGACCAGGGCAGAGACGACUUCAGAGGUCCUGAAUUUCGAAGCCGCAGAUCUGGAACACUGAAAAGAGAUUUACCCCGGAGACGAGGUGGAGGUGAACACUUAGAAAUAGUGAGUUGCACUGCAUGCGGACAGCAAGUGAACCACUUCCAGAGGGACUCCUUUUAUCAGCACCCUGUACUUAAAGUACUUAUUUGCAAGUCAUGUUUCAAAUACUACUCAAGCGAUGACAUCAGCAAGGAUGGAGAUGGUAUGGAUGAGCAGUGCAGGUGGUGUGCGGAGGGUGGAAACUUGAUCUGUUGUGAUUUCUGCAGCAAUGCUUUCUGUAAGAAGUGUAUUUUAAGGAACUUGGGGCGUAAAGAGUUGUCUGGGAUUCUGGAUGAGGAGAGUAAAUGGUACUGUUAUGUAUGCAGUCCAGAACCCCUGUUAGACCUGGUGGUCGCCUGCGACAGUGUCCUUGACAACUUAGAACGUCUUUGUCAUCAAAAUCGUAAGAGGAGCAGAGGAGAAAAUGAUAAAUCUGGACUCAGUAACACAAUACCAAGGGACUCUCAAAACCUGCACUUGGGUGGGUGCAGUCAUAGUAUCAUGGAAGGUCAUGAGGAGUUCAGCAGCUCUCUACCAAUCCCAGAUGAUCUCACUGAAAAGGUCAAAUUCCUAGUCCACUCCACAAAUUCCUUAAACGCAACAUUUGUCAAGCUCGUCCAAAGCGGCAAAGACAAACAGACAACCAACGACCGUCGAAUGUACCUGAGGUCUUUUGAGUCCGUGCUUAAAGAUCUGAGGACGUCCCACGACGCCCUCGAGGACGCCCUGAAGGAGGCCAGCGAGCUCGAAAUGCUGAACAGUGAAGAUGAAGCUGGGUGUCCAGAUUCAGACGCCACUCAACCGGCCGGGUUGGAGCUGAAUAUCGCAGACGAAAAUUGCUUAAAUGAACCUAAGCAAAUGGCCACCGAGCAAGUGCUGGAGGACGACUCGGACUCCAAAGGCCCGACAGCUAACGGAGAGUCGUUGUUCUCUGAUACGAAAGGUGGCCUUGAGUCUUCCGAGGGGGGAGGGGAGACGAUGCAGCGACGGACCCGAGGCAGGCCUCGCAAAACCCCCGCAGAGCCUUCAGAAAGUUCGGCCAACGUGACGAAAGAGUUAGUGGUGAAGCUCACGCCCGUGCCUGCCGUGGACGAGACGCCAGCGAGCGAGCUGGAGACCGACGCUGUCGUGAAGACGGAGGAGCAGGACGAAGAUACGGAAGAACAAAUGGAAGAGGAGAAGGACGAAGCCCCUGACGUGGCAGAAUGCAAGGACGAACCCCCCGCUGAGGUGAGAGAAUGUUUAGUUGUGGAAGAAGAGCACGACAACAGACGUUCCCCGCGGGUGAAGACCACCCCCCUGCGCCGCCCGGGCGACCAAAUCAAGCCCUCCCUUCCGGGCGCAGCCUGCGAGAGCGACACUGACCCCGACGACCCCGCUGCCGAUGCCGCUCACGGUGUUGAGGACCGAGAGGUCGGCAAAAUCACGGAAGACUCCGACUCGGACGAGGUUCCCGCUGCUCUCCUGCAGUUGGGAGCCGUGAAACACGGCUCUGACGAAGCCGACAGCGACGAGGAAAUCGAGGGCUCCACUCGCGUGAGGAAGAAAUGCCUCUUUGGACUGACCAAGAACAAGCCGCUCUCCCCGGAAAGGAUGGUCCGCAAACGCAAAACCCAAGACCGCUGCUCCGACUCGGACGAGAGUGAGAACAGGACGAAGGUCCAGAGAGCCAGAGGCAGCGACUCCUCCAGUGAUGACCCCGACCUGCAGAAGGAGAUCAAGGCUCUGAGCCAGCUGACGCCCAGAGGGGCGCCUCGCAGGGCCCAGACAGAGGGAGCCAGUGUGGACGGUAAGCCGAGCAGACAAGGGCCGGGGCCCAAAAAGGCAUCAGACACUCCCAGGGCCCAGACGAAAACAGAGCCGACCUCAACCACGAGCGACGAGGAAGGUGACCUGGACUCUGACUCCGGGGAUGAUGUCGACGUCCAGAAGAUCAAGACCAUCACAGAGGAUGUGUGUUUAUUAGGGCCCUCGAGCUUCCACCAGUCCUCCGGAGAGGAUGAUCAGGCUUGCUCUGGGCCAUCUGGGGCGGCGGAUGAUGAUGAUGAUGAUGACCCAGAAAAUAGAAUUGCCAAGAAAAUGCUCUUGGCCCAGAUCAAAGCCAACUACUCCUCUGGGGAAGAAUUCUCUUCCGAUGAAGAGUCGACGCAAGACGAGGAGUCAGAGGAAGGGAAGAGCAGGGGGCAGAGAGGAGGGAGGACUGACGACAGUGUGGACGAGGAAGGAGAGACCUCUCUGAGUUCCAGCUCUGAGGAGAGUAAGACUGGGCGGAGACACCGCCUGCUCCGACACAAGCUCUCUCUCGACGAGGGAACCCUAGAUGAUCCCAAACCGACGGAGAAGGGGAAUGAGCAGGUCAGGAGAAAAGAGCGAAGCAAAGAUUCGCAAAGUGGUGAAGAUGACAGCCAAUCGGAGCAAGAGAAAUCUGGCAUGAGUGAGGAGCUGAGCCAAUCAGAAGACAAUGAAAAUGAAGAUAAGCCCAAAAACUCCAAAUCAUCGUCCAAAAUGGAGAAAGAAGUCCUCCGCAGUUAUCUGCAGAAGAAGCAACAGCAGCCGUCGUGUAUCGUGCUGUCUGACUCGAGCACGGACAUGGAAGGCGACGGGGAAGGCGACUCCAAAGAGACGUCGAAAGGCCGCAAAAAGAUCCGUAAAAUCAUCGACGACGAUCACCUGCGCUCGGAGACGCUGAGAGCUCUCAAGGAAGAGGAGGAGAGAUGCAAACGCCUUGCCGAAAGAGAGCAGAACAGGGAGGACCUGAGAGAGGUCAUCGUGAUAGACGACGAGUCGCAGGUGGCCUGUCCCAUCACCACCAAGCUGGUGCUGGACCAGGAUGAAACCACCAAGGAGCCUCUCAUCCAGGUGCACCGGAACCUGGUGACCAGGCUGAAGCCCCACCAGGUCGACGGUGUUCAGUUCAUAUGGGACUGCUGUUGUGAGUCGGUGAAGAAGGCUAACACCACCCCUGGAUCUGGGUGUCUACUAGCCCACUGCAUGGGCCUGGGAAAGACUCUGCAGGUUGUAACCUUCCUUCACACGAUGCUGCAGUCGAAGAUCUUGAUGUUCAGGACCGCUCUGGUGGUGUGUCCCCUCAACACUAUCCUCAACUGGGUCAACGAGUUCGACAAAUGGCAAGACAACAUGGGAGAUGAUAAAGUCAAGGUGACGGAGUUAGCCACUCUGAAGCGACCCCAGGAACGGUACAUCGCCCUGCAGAAGUGGCAGAGAGAUGGAGGCGUCAUGAUCCUGGGGUACGAGAUGUACCGUAACCUCACGCUGGGCCACAAAGUCAACAACCAACAGCUCAAGAAGACCUUCCAUUGCACACUUGUCAACCCAGGUCCAGACUUUGUGAUCUGCGACGAGGGCCACAUCUUGAGGAAUGAGGCGUCAAACAUCUCCAAAGCGAUGAGUGCCAUCAAGACCAAGCGGAGAGUGGUGCUGACUGGCACCCCGCUCCAGAACAACCUCAACGAGUACCACUGCAUGGUCAACUUCAUCAAGGAGAACCUUCUGGGUUCGCUGAAGGAGUUCAGGAACCGCUUCAUCAAUCCCAUACAGAACGGCCAGUGUGCCGACUCCACCCCUAGAGACGUUCGCAUCAUGAAGAACCGCGCCCACGUCCUGCAUGCGAUGCUGGCGGGAUGUGUACAGAGGAGAGAUUACUCUGCCUUGACCAAGUUCCUCCCUCCCAAAGUGGAGUAUGUUCUGGCCGUGAGGGUGACAACUCUACAGAUCAGGCUGUAUCGAUACUACCUGGACAACUUCACACGUGCAGGGUCGUUGGUGGAUGGGGCGAGGGUAAAGGCCGGGACCAGCCUCUUCAAGGACUUCCAGAUUCUCAGCCGCAUCUGGACACAUCCCUGGUGUCUGCAGCUCAACUACAUUAGCAAAGAAAACAAGGGCCAUUUUGAAGGAAAGAACCAAAUUAGAGCUGCUCAUCUCCUGGGAUCGGACGAACCAGCUGUGUCCGACAGCAAAGAGAAAGAGGAAAAGGGGAGCCUGCCACCGCCUGGGGACGAUGAGGAUGACGACGUGAUCAUCGUGUGGGACAGCGUGUUGAAGGGGGCCCACGUUGAGAAGGACAAACCAGCAAAUCCAGCAGUAGAAGCAGUGAAAGCAGGCAGCAGCACCCGGGCGGACAGUCCUGCGGUCGACUGGUUCAAGGUCCUGCUGUCGGACACUGACUCCAGCGUCCUGGAGCACUCUGGCAAGAUGGUGCUGCUGUUUGAGAUCCUCAGGAUGGCCGAGGAACUGGGGGACAAAGUGCUGGUGUUCAGUCAAUCCUUGAUCUCGUUAGAUUUGGUGGAAGAUUUCUUGGACCUCGCCAACAAAGCCAGAAACAAGGGAGAAACCUCCCCGUACAAAGGACCUGGAAGCUGGAUCAGAAACACAGAUUACUACCGUCUAGAUGGGUCCACCAGCGCCACAUCUAGGAAGAAAUGGGCCGAAGAUUUUAAUGACUCAAUCAACACACGGGGCCGCCUGUUUCUGAUCUCAACGAGAGCUGGAUCCCUGGGUAUCAACCUAGUGGCUGCAAACAGAGUCAUCAUCUUUGACGCUUCCUGGAACCCUGCCUACGACAUUCAGAGCAUCUUCAGGGUGUACCGCUUCGGUCAGCAGAAGAACGUGUUCGUUUACCGCUUCCUGGCUCAGGGCACCAUGGAGGAGAAGAUUUACGACAGGCAGGUGGCCAAGCAGUCCCUGUCGUUCAGGGUGGUGGACCAGCAGCAGAUCGAGAGACACUUCACCCUGUUUGAGCUGACCGAACUUUACAUGUUUGAGCCCGACCUGCUGGAGGAGCCCAACUCAGAGAAGAAGAACAAGAAGACCACUCACCUGCUCCCCAAGGACUUGAUUCUGGCGGAUCUGCUUCAGGGCUGCAGAGAACACAUUGUGCGUUACCACGAACACGAGUCGCUGCUCGACCAUAAGGAGGAGGAGGAGCUAAGCGAGGCUGACCGCAAAGCAGCCUGGGACGAAUAUGAGGCUGAGGGGGCCAUCUUCUUGAACAAGCAGUCGAGCAACGCAGUUGUUCCAAGCCCCUCCAACCUGCCAGGACAGUUCAGCCAGAACAUGCUGAGCAAGAAAACAAACGAGCAGCUUAAGAAGAUGAUUCAUGACAGUCGUACAAAGGUCACUGAGGCCAUCAAGGCACUGCGAGGUGUAGAGAACCGCCCCCUGGAAUACUACAAGAUAAUCUUGUGGAAGGAUAACCCCAUGCUGACAGAGGCAGAUGUCAGCACCAUGGCAGAGAGAUGGAAGAGCAGCAAUGACACAGAGCAUCAACGCAGGAUGACCACAUACGAAGAGCUUCUCUCAAAACAGCACUCUCUGACUUUCUGCAUCCAGAGGAUUUUGAGCAGCCGAAAAAAUAACGAUGCAUAAACAGUCGUGGUCAUGAAUAUAAAAUCAGCCCUUUUGCUCGAACACAACUAUGGUGUUGAGCAGGAAGGGUUAUUUUAGCUUCCCUGUGGCACCAGUAGACACAUAGCAGCAGAGGAAUCCAAGGGAACUGUCCACAGAAACAAAGGAAUUGUCUUUUUGUUGUUUUUUCAACAGAAUUAUUAUUAUUUUUGAGUUCAUCAAUACUGUAGAAAUAAAAUGUAUAUUAUUUUGUCUAAGAUAUAUCCUGGAUUGAGAUUUGGGG